UCUCUCCCUUCUGACACUUUAAACUUCAUCUUCUUCUAAUAAAGCUUCAAUCUUUCUAUCUACAAAGUAACUUCAAAAGUGGAGAAACCUCGGUGGUAUAAUCAACUCUUCACGACAAUGAAGUGUUUCAUGUUCUCUGGUGGUGGGGACAAGAAGGACGAAAACAAGAAUCUCUCAUUGACCUCUAACUUCUCCGAACGCGACAUAAACCGAAGCGGCUCAGAUUUCAACUCUCGAGACGCCUCUGGCACGAGCACGGAGUCGUCCAUGGGGAGGAAGAACUCGUAUCCUCCAGUUUCUACUAGAGCGAGUAAUCUAAGAGAGUUCAGUGUUACUGAUCUCAAAUCUGCAACUAAGAACUUUAGUAGAUCUGUUAUGAUUGGUGAAGGAGGGUUUGGUUGUGUCUUCAGGGGAACUGUGAGGGAUUUGGAUGAUCCGACAGUUAAAAUUGAAGUUGCUGUUAAGCAGCUUGGUAAAAGAGGGUUGCAGGGGCAUAAGGAAUGGGUUACGGAAGUGAACUUUCUUGGUGUGGUUGAGCAUUCAAACUUGGUGAAGCUGCUUGGUUACUGUGCAGAAGAUGAUGAGCGUGGGAUCCAACGUCUUUUGGUUUAUGAAUACAUGCCCAACCGGAGCGUUGAGUUCCAUUUAUCUCCUCGCUCACUCACAGUCCUUACUUGGGAUUUAAGGUUGAGAAUCGCUCAAGAUGCAGCUCGUGGUUUAACAUAUCUGCAUGAACAAAUGGAGUUUCAGAUAAUAUUCAGAGACUUUAAGUCUUCCAACAUUCUUUUGGAUGAGGACUGGAAAGCAAAGCUCUCUGACUUUGGUUUGGCUCGUUUAGGUCCAUCUGAAGGACUAACUCAUGUUACUACUGAUGUUGUAGGUACAAUGGGUUAUGCAGCUCCUGAAUACAUUAAAACGGGCCGUCUCACAUCCAAAAGUGAUGUGUGGGGUUAUGGAGUGUUCAUCUAUGAACUCAUCACAGGGAGGAGACCAGUAGACAGGAACAAACCAAAGGGAGAGCAGAAGCUUCUAGAAUGGGUGAGACCUUAUCUAUCAGACACAAAGAAGUUCAAGCUCAUAUUAGACCCUAGACUUGAAGGGAAGUACACACUUAAAGCUGUUCAGAAGCUAUCAGUUGUGGCCAACAGAUGUUUGGUUAGGAACCCAAAGGCACGUCCCAAGAUGAGUGAAGUGUUGGAGAUGGUGAACAAGAUUGUGGAAGCGCCUUCAGGGAGUGGUACUAGCCCGAAGCUAGUUCCCUUGAAGAGUUUAGAGACGUCUAGAGAUGUGGGAGGGAAGAAGAAGAGGGUUUUAGAGACGAGGAACAAUGGUGGUGGUGGAGGUGAAGGAGGUUGGUUUGGUAAGUUAUGGAACCCAAAGACAGUAAAAGCUUGUUAGAUUGCUUAAGAUUCUAACUUCUUGUUACAAGAAAAAAAGUAAAGUAUCAAGAUGAAGAUCAAGAUCUAGCUUAUAUAAAUACAUAUUUAUAAAUGAAGAUUGUGAAAGAUGCUGGAUGUUAUAGUUUUUGAUGUUUGUAUUAGUAUAACCACAGUUGUCAAGAUAUGUUAUGUAGCUUAUCAGGAGUCAGGAGUUUUGUUCCAAAAUUGAUGCUUUCAUGUAUACAAACAAAGUAUGUGUCAAGGUACCUUAAGUAAAUCUUAGCACAAACAUGGAUUAAAAGAGAAAACAAUCAUAGUUUUACUUCUGUGGUUAAAUCUUAUAUUCGUGUAUACAAAGUAUGUGUCAAAGUACCUUAAGUAAAUCUUAGCACAAACAUGGAUUAAAAGAGAAAACAAUCAUAGUUUUACUUUUGUGGUUCAGUAUCUUAU